AUGGAUACCAGUAAUGCUUUGUUAACAUCAAAUAAUUCGCCGAAUAAAACAUUUGUAUUGAAAAAUGCCAACGAAUCCAUUAUUGAAUUAAUUUCAGGUGAAGAAGCUAUCAAAGAACUAGAAAAAAUCGAUGAUUAUAUCAGUAGUUUUAGCGAGUUUGAUUUAAAAUGUCGUUUAAAUCUAUCUUCACCAACACCACAAGAUUAUCUAAAAUUUAUUGCACAACAAAUCUUGAUUUGGGAUGAAAAAUCAAGCCAAGCAGUAGCCUCAUGUGUUCAAGUCAUCAACACAACGUGUUUAGAACAAUUAAAACUAUUAACUUAUCCACCACGAAUUUAUAUUGUAUUAACAAAUGGAAAAGAUGAAAAUAAUGCUCCAUAUUGCCGUAAUGAAAAUGUUAUUGUACUACCACAAACCAUUACUCUUAAUAGAAAAAUGAUUCAUAUAUUUGUUCAUGAAUUAUUUCAUAUAUGGAGUAAAUGGAAUACCAAUUUAACGAUUCGUGAUGAAUUAUAUGCAAGUAUUGGAUACCAUAAAAUACCUGUCGUAAAGUCAAUCGAACUUCCAGCUAGUUUAAAGCAAAUAAAAAUGACUAAUCCAGAUGCGCCAUUUGUUUUGAAAUAUUAUAUUGAAUUAAAAAAGCUUGGAGAUAAAAAUGGUAAAAUAUAUAAAUGUACACCAAUUAUACAUGCUUCUCGAGAUUUUGAUUCAAAUUUUUCUACCAAUUUCUUCGAUUAUCUUCUGGCAACAACAUUGAUCUUAGAUGAUACGACAUACGAACCACUGGAACCAUUGCAAUAUUUACCAUACGAAGAAGCUAGUAAUUUUUUCGAUCAAAUCGGAAAUAAUACAUUCUAUGUGAUGCACCCAGAAGAAAUUCUAGCAGAAAAUUUUGUACUAUGGAUGAUGAAAAAAAAUCAAUCAUCUGUCUUGGAAUCGCCAACUAUUAUCUUGAAAAUGGAUGACAUCAUUUCUACUGCUGCCAGAAACAUACAAACUAGUGUUGCUUUAACGAACCAUUCUUCUAAUUGA